CAAUCGUGCAUGGAAAGGAAAAACGCUCACUUGGAUGCAAUUUUCAUUAGUGAGAAAAUUGUGAGAACCUAAGCAAGAAAGAGCGAAGCGAAGGAAAAAUACAACAAAACAAAAGCGAAAAAUAUAAAUAAAUAGAAAAUAAAAGAAAACAUUCCAGACACAGUACAAUUGCAGCACGACGAAAUUGACAAUACAAUUGCGCUGAUAGUUGUAGAUCCCAGGUUUCGCAGAACGGGGCACCGACAGUGUGUGGGUGUGUGUCAGUGCAUGUGUGUGUGAAUCCACAACAACAGCAGCAGUAGCAGCAGCAGCGACAACAACAACAAUUGCAGCACAGUUGAACAACAACUAAAAUGCGGCGGCAGUCAACGAUGCUGGCCGCGAUAUUACUGGCUGCCAUUUUGGGCAGCUCAACGGCAAUGAACAAUUCCCCGCCCCGGAUCAUCAAACAGCCUCCCACAGAUGAGCUGCUUUUCAAGGUGGCGCAACAGAACAAAGAGAGCGACAAGCCAUUCAUUAUUGAGUGCGAGGCCGAUGGACAACCGGAACCGGAAUACCGCUGGAUCAAGAACGGCAAAAAGUUUGAUUGGCAGGCGUACGAUAAUCGUAUGCUGCGCCAACCUGGCCGUGGCACACUGGUAAUCACAUCGCCCAAGGAUGAGGAUUUGGGACAGUAUCAAUGCUUUGCCUCCAACGAGUUCGGAGUUGCCACCUCGAACUCGGUGUUCGUGCGCAAGGCAGAGCUGAAUGCAUUCAAGGAUGAGGCAGCGCGCAGCGUUGAGGCCGUUGAGGGCGAGCCCUUCUCACUGCAGUGCGAGGCGCCCGAUGGCUGGCCAAAGCCCACCGUCAACUGGCUGAUUCAGCAAACGGUCGAUGCAGGCAUCAAGUCGAUCAACAACUCACGUAUGACCCUCGAUCCGGAGGGCACGCUCUGGUUCUCGAAUGUGACACGCGAGGAUGCGAGCGGCGACUUCUGGUAUGCCUGCUCGGCGACCUCAGUCUUCCGCAACGAGUACAAGAUCGGCAACAAGAUACUGUUGGACGUCAAGCAGAUGGGCGUGAGUGCGUCGCAGAAUCGUUACCCCCCAAAGCGCCAGUAUGUGACCCGCAAGAACGAGGUGGCGCUGCGCGGCAAGCGAGUGGAAUUGUAUUGCAUCUACGGCGGCACACCAUUGCCACAGACAGUCUGGCUGAAGAACGGCAAACGGGUGGAAUGGAAUGAUCGCAUUACCCAAGGCAACUACGGCAAAUCAUUGGUCAUUCGACAGGCGAAUUUCGACGAUGAGGGCACCUACAGCUGCGACGUUUCGAACGGUGUGGGCCAGGCUCAGUCCUACUCGAUCAAUUUGAAAAUACAUGCCAUACCCUAUUUUACCGAGGAGCCGGAGAUCCAAAAUGCCGCUGAGGAUGAAGAGGUCGUGUUCAAUUGCAAGGCUGCUGGCCAUCCAGAGCCGACCAUCCAAUGGAUACACAACGGUAAACCGAUUGAACAGAGUGAGCCCAAUCCGAGACGCACGGUGACUAACAACUACAUCAAGAUCGUGAAUCUGGUUAAGAACGACACGGGCAACUAUGGCUGCAACGCCACCAACUCGCUCGGCUAUGUCUACAAGGAUGUGUAUCUAAAUGUGCUCGCCCUGCCGCCAGAGAUCCAGGAGCCGCCACGUGCCGAAGCGACCGUCAACGGACGCAACAUCACAAUGCGCUGUCGCGUGUUUGGCGCACCUAAGCCGCAAGUGAAGUGGCGCCACAACCACAACUGGCUGACCGGUGGACGUUACACAGUGCUGCCAUCGGGCGAUCUACAGAUCCAGGAGGUAACAUUCGCUGAUAAUGGCAACUACACGUGCUUAGCCGUGAACAAGUUUGGCAAUGAAACGGCGCAGGGCUCGCUGGUGGUAAAGGAACGCACCAGGAUAACACAGGAGCCCCAGAACUAUGAGGUUGCCGCCGGUCAAUCGGCCACUUUCCGCUGCAAUGAGGCGCACGACGACACUCUGGACCUAGAGAUUGAAUGGCUGAAGGAUGGUCAACCCAUUGACUUCGCGGCGGAGGCGCGCUUCGUGAAGACCAACGACAAUUCGCUGACAAUUGCCAAGACACAGGAGCUUGAUUCCGGUGAAUACACGUGCGUGGCGCGCACACAACUGGACGAGGCGACGGCCAAGGCGAAUCUGAUAGUCCAGGAUGUGCCGAAUCAGCCCCGAUUGAUUGGCAUCACAUGUCAAGCGGACAAGGCGGAGAUCUCCUGGGAGCCCCAGGGCGACAAUCGCUCGCCGAUUUUACACUACACAAUCCAGUUUAACACCUCGUUCACGCCGGCCUCCUGGGAUACUGCAUACGAGAAGGUGCCCAGCACAGACUUUUCGUUUGUGGUGCAAAUGUCGCCGUGGGCCAACUACACGUUCCGUGUGAUUGCUUACAACAAGAUUGGUCCCUCAGAGCCGUCUGGACACAGCGAUAUGUGCACCACACAGCCGGAUGUACCAUACAAGAACCCGGACAACGUCGUCGGCCAGGGUACUGAGCCGAACAAUUUGGUCAUCUCGUGGACUCCGAUGCCAGAGAUCGAGCACAAUGCGCCCAACUUCCAAUAUCGCGUCAGCUGGAAGCGUGACAUACCCGCCGCCGCCUGGGAGAACAAGGAUAUCUACAAUUGGCGGCAGGACAAUCUUCUGAUUCCCGACCAGCCCACAUUCGUCAAGUAUCAUAUCAAGGUGGUGGCCAUCAAUGCCAAAGGCGAAUCGAAUGUGGCCGCCGAGGAGGUGAUUGGCUACUCCGGCGAAGAUCGACCCCUGGAGGCGCCCACCAACUUCAGCAUGCAGCAAGUGACGAGCGCGACGACCGCCUAUGUGGGCUGGAAUAAGGUCAGCGAGGAGUCCGUGCGCGGCCACUUCAAGGGCUACAAAAUUCAGACAUGGACUGACAAGGAGGGCGAAGAGGGCAUGCGCGAAAUCCAUACAAUUGACAAUGGGGCUUUGGUCACACAAUUCAAGCCCGACUCUAAGAACUAUGCCCGCGUGCUGGCUUACAAUGGACGCUUCAAUGGACCGCCCAGCGCUGUGAUCGACUUCGAUACGCCCGAGGGUGUACCAUCGGCGGUGGAGUCUUUGGAGGCCUACCCUCUGGGCUCGUCAGCCUUCUGGCUCACCUGGAAAAAGCCGCUCAGUCCCAAUGGCAAGCUAACGGGCUACAAAAUUUACUACGAGGUGGUUAAAGGCAGCUACGUAGGCGAACGACGCGAGUACGAGCCCCACAUCACUGAUCCCCGUAUCACACGCAUGAAAAUGGCCGGCUUGAAGCCGAACACUAAGUAUCGCAUCUCAAUCACAGCCACUACCAAGAUGGGCGAGGGCACCGAGCUAUACAUUGAGAAGACCACACUGGGUGAAGAUGUCGCACCACCAUCCCCACCCUCCCUCGCAUGGGAGCAAUUACAGUCGCCCAAUGGUCAACCCACUUACCGCAUCAGUUGGCUGCCCAGCACUGAUGGUCGCUCGGGCUCACACUUCUUUACCAAGUACAGAAUCAAGGGUGAAACGGAAUGGACCACCAAGGAGCCCGAGAAAUCGGUUGAUUAUCAGGACAUUGGCAGUCUGGAGCCGGAUACGGUAUAUGAGUUCCGCGUCGUGUCCGUCGAUGGACACUACCACACGGAGAGCGCAACUAGGGAGAUCGAUACGAGCAGCGCCGAGGGACCCAUUAUGGUGCGCAGCGACAAUCUGGCGAAUGCCGGCUGGUUCAUUGGCAUGAUGCUGGCUUUGGCCAUCAUCAUCAUCCUGUUCAUCAUCAUUUGCAUCAUACGUCGCAAUCGCGGUGGCAAAUACGACGUGCACGAUCGCGAGCUGGCGAAUGGCAGACGCGAUUAUCCGGAUGAGGGCGGCUUCCACGAGUACUCGCAACCUUUGGACAACAAGAGCGCUGGUCGCCAAUCCGUUAGUUCAGCGAAUAAGCCCGGCGUGGAGAGCGACACCGAUUCAAUGGCCGAAUACGGUGACGGCGAUACAGGCCAGUUCACUGAGGAUGGCUCGUUCAUUGGGCAGUAUGUGCCCGGCAAGCUACAGCCGCCGGUCAGUCCACAGCCGCUGAACAGCGCUGCUGCGGCACAUCAGCAGCAGCCAGGCAUCGCAGCUGAAGGCUCCAAUGCAGCCGGAGCUGGCAGCAGCGGCAGCAGCAGUACUGGAGGGGGUGGGGCUGCUUCGACGAAUACAGCUGCAGUUGCCACCUACGUCUAAGAGGCGUGGCAGGCA